UCCUUGUCUUAUAUAUCCCAACCAAAUUCUUAAAAUUUCAACCACUCCUUAAAAACUAAGCUCAGAAACACAACCAAUAUCAUCAAUGGAUCAUUCCAAGCUUUUUAUACUAUCAGUUAUAGCUUGGAAUUUAAGUUACAUGGUCAGAAUUACAAUUGCAGACGCAGGAAUCAACUUGUUAAAUCAAGGUUGCAGCAUCUAUAAUGUCUCCACUCCAUCAAACUUCAACUCCAAUCUGAAUGCUACGUUCAGAGACUUGCGCACGCAGAUCAACGGCGGCAAACUUUUCGCGACGGCGGAGCAGUUAAGUGGGGCGGAUGUUGUUCAUGCUAUGAUCCAGUGUAGAGAUUAUAUGUCUACUUCUGAGUGUGUAUCGUGUUUUAGUGCUGCUUCUACCCAAAUCCGUAAUUGUUCCGCCGUUAAUGGUGGUCGUGUCGUCUAUGAUGGUUGCUUCCUCAGGUAUGAAAGAAAUGAUUUCUAUGGAGAAACCACUCGAGACGCAAACCGAGAGUAUUGCGGGAACCGAACUACGAAAUCACCACCAACUGCUUUCCAAGCAGCAGUUGAAGGAUUGUUAAAAGAUCUUCAAAUUGCAACACCAAAAAUAACUAACUUUUUUGCUACCAGUAAAAGAGAAGUGACAGGUGCAAACAAUGUGUCAGUAUAUGCGACGGCGCAAUGCGUGCAUACCAUAGAUAUGGCAGGCUGCUUAGCUUGUAUGCAAGUAGCAUAUGCCAACAUUCAAAGAUGUCCUCCUAAUGCGGAUGGUAGGGCUAUUGAUUCUGGGUGUUUCAUGAGGUAUUCUGCUACACCAUUUUUUGCUGAUAACCAGACUUUAAAUCUCGGACCAUUCUUGAAAACAGAAAGUUCAAGUUCAAAGGCACCUCUUAUUGGAGGUGUAGCUGGAGGGGUAGGUUUGAUUGUGCUGCUUAUUGUGCUUGUUGUUUGGUUUAAGGUUUUAAGGAAGAAAAAUGCUCCUAGAGGCGACAUACUGGGGGCAACCGAAUUGCGAGGCCCUGUAAAUUACAGUUACAAUGACUUAAAGUCGGCAACUAAGAAUUUCACAGAAGAAAAUAAACUAGGAGAAGGAGGUUUUGGUGAUGUAUACAAGGGUACUUUGAAAAAUGGAAAAAUAGUUGCAGUAAAGAAGUUAGCUCUUAGCCAAUCACGGAGGGCACAGGCAGAUUUUGUAAGUGAAGUCACACUCAUCAGUAAUGUUCAUCACCGGAAUCUUGUCCGAUUACUUGGUUGUUGUAGCAAAGGACCAGAAUUACUUCUUGUGUACGAAUACAUGGCAAACAGCAGCCUCGAUAGAUUCUUAUUUGGUAAUAAACAAGGAUCUCUCACUUGGAAACAACGAUUUGAGAUAAUCCUUGGCACAGCACAGGGUCUUGCCUAUCUACAUGAAGAAUUUCAUGUAUGCAUCAUUCAUCGAGACAUUAAACCAAAUAAUAUUCUUCUGGCUGACGACUUUCAACCCAAAAUAGCAGAUUUUGGGUUGGCAAGGCUAUUGCCUGAUAAUCAGACUCAUCUAAGCACCAAAUUUGCCGGCACAAUGGGAUACACAGCACCUGAGUAUGCAAUCCAUGGACAGUUAUCCGAAAAGGUAGAUACCUACAGCUAUGGCAUAGUUGUGCUAGAAAUCAUCAGUGGCAGAAAGAGCAGUGAGAUGUUAGUUGAUCCCGGUUCAGAUUACCUCCUCAAAAGUGCAUGGAAGCUAUAUGCAAAUGGUAUGCACCAAGAAUUGGUGGAUAAAAGCUUAGACCCGAAUGAAUAUGAAGUAGAAGAAGUGAAGAGAAUCGUAGAGAUUGCCCUGAUGUGUACCCAAUCAUCACCUGCUUUAAGGCCAACCAUGUCUGAGGUGAUCAUUCUGCUCAAAAGUAAAGGUUCCCUACAACAUAGGCCACCAACAAGACCUCCCUUUUUAGAACCUGAUGAAAGGGUGGUCAUCCAUGACGAUAGGUCGACAUCCACUGCAUCCUCGGCAUCAAACGCCACUGCUUCUAUUACUCAGGUAUCAGGUCGCUAAUCCCUGCAUAUUCAUAAAAUGUGAAGCACGGCUUUGGUUAGAAAUAUACCAGAUCAUCUGUCAUAGCUAGUACAGAUUGCAUCACUUUUUUUUUAUAAUGUAAUUAUUGUAUUCUUGUUUCAAAGAGUGGAUUUCUCUUGGUCCUCUGACAUUAAAGAUCAGUUUUACUGAAUACAUACAGCUAAACAAACAUCAAUUUUCCUUUA